CCAGCCGCUGAAUGAGAAUGAGUUUGAAGCUUUUUGCACAGCCAAGGAACAGAGCCUCGGUUCAAUAAUGCAUCCCGAGGUAAACUGUUACCUGAGGAGAAGCUCUCAAUAAUGCAUUUCCUGGGGAUGACAGUUGUAGCUGAAGAGAAUGCUGGAACCUGUAGCAAGAUUUCUGUCUGAGAUGGAAAGAUGUCUCACUAUCAUUUUAUCAAGUGCUGUUGCUUUCAGCUAUGUAACAUUUUUCGAUCCCAUGAAAUGGAAAUUGACCAGUGCUUGCUGGAGUCCCUCCCCCUGGGCCAGAGGCAGCGGCUGGUAAAACGCAUGCGCUGUGAACAAGUCAAAGCCUACUAUGAAAGAGAGAAGGCUUUUCAGAAGCAGGAGGGGCUCCUGAAAAAGCUGAAGCGUGGGAAGAAUCAAAAAGUUCAUUUUAACCUUGCUGACAUGAUACAGGAUGCAAUUAUCCACCAUGAUGACAAAGAAGCGCUGCGGCUCCUGAAGGAGGGGGCGGACCCGCACAUGCCCGUGUCUUCCGGAGGGUCCCUGCUCCAUCUGUGUGCCCGGUAUGAUAAUGUCUUCAUUGCAGAGAUCCUGAUUGACAGAGGGGCCAAUGUCAACCACCAGGACGAAGAUUUUUGGACACCAAUGCACAUUGCCUGUGCAUGUGAUAACCCUGAUGUUGUCCUACUGCUUGUAUUAGCUGGAGCUAAUGUCCUUCUCCAGGACGUCAAUGGAAAUAUCCCACUGGAUUAUGCCACGGAAGGGACAGAAUCGAGCUCCAUCCUGUUGACCUACCUGGAUGAAAAUGGAGUGGAUCUGACAUCACUGCGGCAGAUGAAGCUUCAGAGACCAAUGAGUAUGCUAACAGACGUUAAACACUUCUUGUCAUGUGGAGGAAAUGUUAAUGAGAAAAAUAAUGAUGGCGUAACACUGUUGCAUAUGGCAUGUGCGAGUGGCUACAAGGAAGUGGUAUGUCUUCUCCUGGAACAUGGCGGGGAUCUCAAUGUAGCAGAUAAUCAGUACUGGACCCCACUCCACUUGGCAGCAAAGUACGGCCAGGCCAACCUGGUGAAACUUCUUUUGAUGCAUCAGGCAAAUCCACACCUACUGAACUGCAACGAGGAGAAGGCUUCAGAUGUUGCCGCAUCUGAGUUUAUCGAGGACAUGCUGCUGAAAGCCGAGUCUGCCUGGGAAGGAAGAAUGCAAGAGCCUUCCUGUGUUCAGACCUGGGCCCAAGAGGAACCCUAUGAAGAGAUCAUCCCUGACCUUCCAGCCCUUCCCAGCAAGCUCAGCCCCCUGGCAUUGCCAAUUGCCAAGCAAGACAGUAUGCUGGAAAAAGACAUCAUGUUCAAAGAUGCAACAAAAGGCCUGUACAAGGGACAAUCUCAGGACAGUACUCCCGAAAAUACCACCGUGAAUGGCCCCACCAAACCUGAUCAGGUCAAGCUGAUACCGCCUGCUCCGAACGACGACCUGGCGACGCUCAGCCAGCUUACCGACAGCAGCCUGCUUUAUGAAAUUCAGAAGCGCUUUGGGAACAAUCAGAUCUAUACUUUUAUUGGGGACAUCCUCCUGCUUGUUAAUCCAUUCAAGGAGAUUCCAAUUUAUUCCACCAUGGUCUCCCAGCUGUACCUGGGCAGUGCGGGGCAGCCCUGCCCCUCUCUGCCACCUCACAUUUUCUCCUGUGCGGAGAGAGCCUUCCACCAGCUUUUCCAGGAGCAGAGACCUCAGUGCUUCAUUCUCAGUGGAGAAAGAGGAUCUGGGAAGUCUGAAGCCAGCAAACAAAUAAUGAGACACCUCGCCUGUAGGUCUGGUUCCAGCAAGCCUGUAUUCGAUUCCAAAUUUAAACAUGUCAUGAGCAUCUUAGAAGCCUUUGGACAUGCCAAGACCACUCUUAAUGACCUGUCCAGCUGCUUCAUAAAGUAUUUUGAACUACAGUUCUGUGAGAGGAAAAAACACUUAACUGGAGCCAGAAUUUAUACAUAUAUGCUAGAGAAAUCCAGACUUGUUUCACAACCUCUUGGCCAGAGCAAUUUUCUCAUCUUCUCCUUGUUGAUGGAUGGGUUAUCUGCUGAAGAAAAGUAUGGACUCCACCUUAACAAUUUAUGUGCCCAUCGGUAUUUGAGCAAGACCCUUCGAGAAGAAGUAUCAACAGCAGAGCAUUCUCUGAACAGGGAGAAAUUCGCUGUCUGGAAACAAGCCCUGAAUGUAAUUGGCUUCAGUAACUUGGAGGUGGAGAACGUGUGUGUGAUUCUAGCGGCCACGUUACACCUUGGAGACCUUCGGUUCACUGCUCUGACCGAGGUCGACUCCGCCUUUGUGUCUGACCUCCAGCUUCUGGAACAAGUGGCUGGAAUGUUGCAAGUAUCGACGGAUGAAUUGGCAUCUGCUUUAACAACUGAUAUCCAAUAUUUUAAGGGAGAGAUGGUCACGCGGCGACACACCGUAGAGAUGGCUGAAUUUUAUCGGGACCUCCUGGCCAAGUCGCUGUACAGUCGUCUGUUCAGCUUUUUGGUGAAUACGGUGAAUUGCUACCUUCACAGUCAAGAGGAGCCCAGCAGCUCGCAGACAUGGGAUAUUGGAAUAUUGGACAUCUUUGGUUUUGAAGAAUUUCAAAAGAAUGAAUUUGAACAACUCUGUGUCAACAUGACCAAUGAGAAGAUGCACCACUAUAUCAAUGAAGUGCUUUUUCUACAGGAGCAAACAGAAUGUGUACAAGAGGGAGUUACCAUGGAAACGGCUUAUUCUCUUGGUAACCAGAGUGGAGUUUUGGAAUUUUUUUUCCAGAAGCCUUCUGGAUUUCUCUCUUUAUUGGAUGAAGAAAGUCAAAUGAUUUGGUCAAUGGAACCAAGUCUUCCCAAAAAGCUACACAGUCUUUUAGAAUCCUCAAACACAAAUGCAGUUUACUCCCCCAUGAAAGAUGGGAACGGGAACCUCGCCCUCAAAGACCAAGGCACAGCUUUCACCGUUAUGCACUACGCAGGACGGGUAAUGUAUGAAAUUGUUGGAGCAAUUGAAAAAAAUAAAGACUCCCUUUCACAGAAUCUUCUAUUUGUAAUGAAAACUAGUGAAAAUGUCAUGAUCAAUCAUUUGUUCCAGUCGAAACUGUCACCAACAGGAGCCCUCGUACCUUCCUCUCCUUCUUUUAAAUUCAGAGGACAUAAAUCUGCCUGGCUCAGUAAGAAAAUGACAGCUUCUUCAAUGAUUGGAGAAAACAGGAAUUAUCUAGAACUUAGUAAGUUAUUAAAAAAGAAAGGAAAUUCUACAUUUCUUCAAAGACUAGACCGGGGAGGCCCGGCCACCAUUGCAUCGCAACUCAGGAAAACUCUGACGGAUAUUACUGGAAAACUUCAGAAGUGCACUCCGCACUUUAUUCAUUGCAUCAAGCCCAAUAACUCGAGGCUGCCAGAUACUUUUGAUAAUUUUUACGUGUCUGCUCAGCUGCAGUACAUUGGGGUUCUGGAGAUGGUGAAGAUCAUCCGACACGGAUACCCUGUCCGCCUUUCCUUCUCGGAUUUCCUGUCAAGGUACAAGCCCUUGGCCGAGACCCUCCCGGAAGACAAGAGGAUGCUGCCGGCCGAGGAGAGAUGCCGGCUGGCUCUGCAGCAGUGCCCGUUGCCAGGCUGGCAGAUUGGUGUUCGAAAAGUAUUUCUGAAAUACUGGCACGCCAACCAGCUAAAUGAUUUGUGCCUUCAGCUGCAGAGAAAAAUUAUCACCUGCCAAAAAGUUGUCAGAGGAUUUUUAGCACGCCAGCACUUGCAUCAGAAAAGGAGCAUCAGGCAGCAAGAGGUCACGUCCAUCAACAGCUUCCUGCAGAUUACAGAGGACCUGGGGCUUAAGACCUAUGAUGCCCUGGUCGUUCAGAACGCCUCGGACAUUGCCCGUGAGAAUGACCGGCUCCGGAACGUAAUGAACGCUACUUUCCACAAAGAGAAGUUGGAGGCCAGGAACAAGCAAGAGGAAGGAACCAAAAGAGCUGAAGACAAGGGUGGACGCAGGCGCCUCCACUGCAGCUCCGUCCCAGCCCCCAUGGCGGCAGACGGCCUGGUCCAGUCCCACGCUGGCCCAGCCACCCCGCCGCCUCCUCUGCACUCGGUGCUCGGCCUGGAUGACAGCGGCGGCCUCCCAUCGCCACGGAAACAGCCUCCACCCAAGCCCAAGAGGGACCCCACCACGCGGCUGAGCGCCUCCUAUGAGGCCGUGAGCGCCUGCCUGUGGACCGUCAGCAAGGACUCCUCCAGUGAAGUUCUCAGCCGGCCCCGGCCGCACAGCGACGACUACAGCACCGUGAAGAAGAUGCCCCCUCGGAAGCCCACGCGGAGCCCGCACACCAAGCUCAGCGGCUCCUCCGAGGAGAUCUCGGGCGCCCGGCCGGGGGCGCCGGGGGCCGGCGGUGCGCGGCGCAGGGCGGGCGGCCCGCAGCGCAGCAGCCCGGGGGUCCCCGCGCCGCCCGCGCCCCCGGAGCCCGAGCCCGUGUACAUCGAGAUGCUGGGCCGCGCCGGCAGCCCCGAGCCGGCCGAGGCCGUGUACGAGGAGAUGAAGUACUGGGCGCCCCCCUCGGAGGACGGCGACGCCGGCGGGCCCUGCAGGGACGCGUGCGACAUCCCCGCGCCCUUCCCCGACCUGCUGCCGCACCGGCCCCCGCUGCUCGUGUUCCCCCCGACGCCGGUCACCUGCUCCCCGGCGUCCGACGAGUCGCCCUUGACGCCCCUGGAGGUGAAGAGGCUGCCGGUCCUGGAGACCAGCCUCAAGUACCCCGUGCAGCCCGAGGGCGCCGGCCCCCCGUCCCCGCAGCGCCCCAGAGCCCCAGAGGGCGACGGCGAGCGGCCCGCGCUCGCCGGGCCGCACGGAGCCUCCCGUCCCCCCACGCCCGCCGCCGCGCCCCGGCCGCCCGCGCACUUCAGCUCCGCGCCCGAGCCGCCCCGGGGCCCCCCGAGGCCCACCUCGGCCCCCGCGGGCGCGCCCUGCAGCCCCGGCCCCGGGAGCCCGCAGCCCCCCGGGAAGGCGGCCCGGGCCGAGCCCAGGAAGGCCGCCCCCGGCGCCCCCUCUCCGGCCGCCCACAGCCCCCCGAACUGCAGGCCCGUGGGCGGCCCCCUGGACGAGCUGGCCAGCCUCUUCAGCUCGGGAAGGAGCGUGCUCCGGAGGUCGCCGGCCGGCCGCAGGAUCCGCGAAGCCGAAGGUUUUGAAACUAACAUGAACCUUACUAGCCGAGAUGAUCUUGGUACAUCAGAAAUUGCGUCAGAGACCCAAGAUAGAAAUGCAAACAGCCAUGGGAUUCAAUUAUCCAAUUCACUCUCCAGCGCGAUCGCUGCUGAAAAUGGAAAUUCCGUCUCAAACGGUUUACCUGAAGACGAUGGAUUCUCCAGUUUGUCUGGGAGUGGGACCUCCUCCUUUCAGAGACACAGAGAGAGUCACACCACUCAGGUAAUCCAUCAGCUGCGGCUGUCCGAGAAUGAGAGCGUGGCCCUUCAGGAGCUCCUGGACUGGAGGCGGAAACUCUGCGAGGAGAGAGGAGACUGGCCACAGAUCCUGCGCCGCGCGGAGCCCAGGGCACCUCCGCCACCUCCGUGCAAGAAGCCCACGCUCCUGAAGAAGCCCGAGGGGGCCUCCUGCAGCAGGCCGCCCCCCAAGUUCUGGGACACUACCCUGUGA